AUGGUGAUCCGGGGGUCUGGUGGUGAAUUACAUACAACGGUGUACCGAAAACCGACUCACACCAACAGAUAUCUCCAUGCGAGUUCGCACCACCAUCCGUCGCAGAUAUCGUCGGUACCAAGAAGCCUCAUAAAUCGAGCCCUAAGUCUUUGUGACCCACCCUAUAUUGAGUGCGAACUAAGAGUAGUGAGACAGGCGCCGGAGAACAAUGGCUAUAGUUGGCGUCAGAGUUCCAGAUGGGCACAAACAACAACUAGGCGGAAACCGUCCUGUGUGAACCGGUCACCAGUGUACUUAACAUAUGUGAAGGGCGUGACGGACAAAAUCAGCCACUAUCUCCAACGGAGAUUUGACAUAGUGACGCGGUUUCGUCCACCUGCACUGGUGAAGAGUAUACUGCGAUCGCCUAAGGAUAGGGAUCCGCUGAACGUGCCCGGGGUGUACAAGAUUCCGUGUGACUGUGGUAGAUCAUACAUCGGUUUUGUGAAAAGCUGA